GGGAAGAAAAUCCGAAAAGAUUGCAACGCGAUAUAGUAGCCAGUCGUUUCGAGAAGCGAGAAACACAUGCAGUUUAUUCGAGCGCUUGUUUCCCUCGUCAUCACGUCGAGAAUUCACGGGCAUACUAGGGUGCCGAGGUGCCUGGCAUCCCGUACAGAUACGUCUACAUAUUCUACCAACGCGCAACAUACUGCUCUCACACAAAUUCAGAGAUAUAACACAACAUGCAAACGCGUUUACAUAUGUCUGGGAAAUUCCAGGGUUCGUUGCUCUAUUGCUCUGUUGAGCUCAGUCAGCUUCCCGGCUCCUUGCCGCUUCCGGAUGAGAAUCCGGGUUACCCCUGUGCCGCUCAUCACAGGUCCAUCGCAACAAUGAACCGGCCCGUCCUCCAAUUAAUCUCGCGCACAUGAACGUCUUGAAGAUGACGAUAAGCUAUGCUCAAUACCACUCUUCAUAUGGCUAAUCUGUCUGUUGAUGAACCCAUGUAAAUGUAAUAUACUAAUUAGAGGUUGCGCCUAUGCAACUGUAUACUACCUGCGUAUGCAAAGAGAGAUAUGGGAGAUGGGGCCAUGGCACGAAGCCUAAUAUCCCUAAGGCUAGCAGUGCAGCUCAUCGAGCAUUGCAUGUUAAGUACCCGUAGAGAGGCGACAUCGCGCUCUUUUUGUCAUUUCUUUUUUUCCAAGUAGGUAGCAACGCUGUUCGUUCAACGGUCAUCACAUGUGCGAAUUAUACAUCCCUGUGCAGAUAAUGUCAGCUGCGCUACACCUCUAC